AACUUGCGCUGUUUUAAUAUUGUCCAGCACUGUUAAAUAAAAGUGACGUCAAUUGUGCUCCCUACAAGUUUAUUUCGCCUACAGAAAUCCGUUUCACACAUGUUUUGCGCGGUUGAAGGCUGCUCAAAUCGCAAAUCAAAAAGCCGUUACUUUUUGUUUCCAAAGGAUGCAAAAAUGCGGCAGAGAUGGGUGGAAUUUUGUCGGCGAACGGAUAAAAUAAACACCAAACUAGAGAAAAUAUGUGUGCAACACUUUGUGGAAAGCGACUUUGAAAGGGAUUUGCCUUAUGAACUAGGAGUCUAUAAUAAACCCAGACCAUUGAAACUGAAGCCGGAAUCGGUGCCAAGUGUAAGCAACAAUGAAGAAGACUUUGACUUCGAAUACGAAGAACUAGAAGGAGGGGAUGAUAAGCAAGAAAAAUCAUUGGCACAAAGAAAACGAAUUGUGGAUGCUCUACUAACGGAAUAUGAGGAAAAACAAACCAAUGAAUCUUUGGAACAGGAUGAAGAAAUCACGGAUGACCAGCCAACUGAGGAGGUUGUCCAGGUGGUGGUCGAUGCUGACGCCUAUCUCACAGCCUUGGAGAGGGAAAACAUCUUGCUGCGUCGUGAGAACUUUAAAAUGAGCCUGGCGAAUAAAAAGGACGCCGCGGAGAAGCAGAAACUGAUGCAGCAAUUGGAGGCGUCAAAUGCUCGUUACAAUAACCUAUUUACCCAAUUAGAAAAGGUAUUUUCCCGACCACAAAUUCAUAAAUUACAAAGCGGGAAACGCAUUAUGUGGCCAAAGCAGGAUCUAAGAGAUGCAUUUACUCUAUAUGCGGCAAGUCCAACUGUCUAUAGCAUGCUGCUCCAGAAGAAUUAUCCAUUGCCAUCCACGAGAGCACUGUCACAAAUGAACAACAGCGAGACCAAAGUCACACAAGAUUCAUUUGAAUUUGAAGAAGGUAGCGAACUAAUAGAAAUUAUUGAUAUAACACAACUAGAUCACAAUUACAUUAAUUAAACUAGUUUCAAUUAUUUUCUCAUAUUCUGUUUAUUUAAUAGAGUAAUCUAGUCUAUAGUCCGCUUGUGUUUCAUAUGACAAAAGUGAUUUGUAAAAAUAAAAAGAAAUCAAAUUUCGAUAAUAAUGCGGUUUAUUUGAAUAUUGAACUAAAACUAAUACAAAACUUGGAUACUUUCGCCCAUAAUUGCAGACCAUUAUUAGGCAAUUAUUUAUCCUGUUGCUAUUGUUAUAUGUUGUAUUAUAAUUCUUCACUUAGUCGUUUCUUUUAGGGGGUUGCUUGUUUUGUUUAAAAUUUAGAAUUUAACUAAAAGAUCUUAUAUGUAUAUAAUAGGACUUGUUGACAGAGACGUUGAAAA